UCUGGUUGACCUGACUCGCGUGAAGUCGUGGUAGUUAGUAGUAACUAGUUACUGAAUUGCCACACUCGACGAACAAAAUCCUAUUCACACGCCAAUCUUAAUCGCAAUCACCAAAAAUUACGCCAAUCAAUAUCAUGAAACCCUAAUUAAAAUUUCCAUAACCAGAAUUGAAUUGAAUCCCAUACAGACACCCUCUCGACUUCCAUGGACCCCAAAUUCAGGCGCGUCGGUUUCGAACCCGACCCGAACCAAUCCCAAUAUCCGCUUACUGUGCCCCCGCCACGUCUUCUCUCCGAGAGAACCGCCGCCGUUCCUGUUCCGGAGAUAGGGUUCCGGCGUCAGUUCCCGGGAGAUCGAAUUCCGAUUGGGAGUUACAACCCUUCCCUGGCGCUGCUCGGAACCUCGCCAUCAGCGGCGUCCACGCCUACUUCCGAGUAUCGCGAUGGCGACGGAGAAUUCUCCGAGGAUUCCUCCGGCUGGUUCCUUCGCAGCGAAUCGAGUUUUGCCGUCACAGAGUUCGAUUUGCCGGCGAAGCCUCUGGAAAAUUCCUCGGAGAAUUGUUUAACCGGGAGUGUGAAUUCGAAAAAUGUAGCCGGAUCCAGAGCCGGAGCUAUAGCCGGAACCACCGCAGAAAGGAUGGAAGGAACUGCCAAAGAAGAACGCAACGAUGUGCCCUCAAUUUCGAAGCCAGUUAAGGCAAACACUACGAAGGCUGAGAGACGAGCCUUGCAGGAGGCACAAAGAGCUGCAAAAGCUACUUCUAAAGUUGUUCUGUAUCCAGCUGAUGGCAGAGCAGAACCUGGUAAAGGUGUGAAGCAGUCUUCCGGGAAGAAAGAUGGACCUCCUGUAACAUCUUCGACAGCUGCUGACAAGAAAUCAGGUGGUCGUUCUUGGGAGAAAGAGAGGAAAAAAGAUGUUCCUCCUCCACGUAUGCAAUUUGACGACAAAAGUAGAGUUGAAAAGGCCAAAAGGCGUGCAUUAGUCAAUCAAACUGAAGCUGUAAACAGAGUUGAAUUAUUUCGUCAUUUGCCUCAAUACGAAUAUGGUUCUCAGCUUCCUAAGCUUGAAUCAAAGCUUUUCCAAAUUGAUUCAGUGCAUCCUUCUGUGUUCAAGGUUGGAUUGCGUUACUUGGCAGGAGGUACAUCUGGUGAUAAUGCUCGUUGUAUUGAAAUGCUCAGAGCCUUUCAAGAAGCAAUCAGAGACUACUCUACUCCUCCUGAAAAAGCUCUUGUUAGGGACUUAACUGCAAAAAUUGGUAGUUAUGUUUCAUUUUUCACUGAAUGCAGGCCUCUUUCUAUUAGCAUGGGAAAUGCAAUUAGAUUUGUAAAGAGUCGUAUUGCCAAGUUGCCUUUAAGUCAUUCUGAAUCUGAGGCAAAAGCAACUCUUUAUUCUGAUAUUGAUCGAUUCAUAAAUGAGAAAAUAAUUCUUGCUGCUAAGGUGAUAGUUGGACAUGCUGCUACAAAGGUUAGGGAUGGAGAUGUUCUUCUAAUAUAUGGAUCAUCAUCUGUUGUGGAGAUGAUUCUUUUAUAUGCUCAUGAGCUUGGGAAACAGUUCCGUGUUGUGGUGGUAGAUUCGCGACCAAAGCUUCAAAGUCAGGCCUUAAUCCGUAGGUUGUUGGCAAAGGGAGUCGAUUGUACAUAUACUCUAAUAAAUGGUGUUUCUUAUGUCAUGCAUGAAGUCACACGAGUUUUUCUGGGAGCUUCUGCUGUUCUAUCUAAUGGAACUGUAUAUUCAAGAAUUGGGACUGCAUGUGUUGCUAUGGUGGCUCAUGCAUUUCAUGUUCCUGUAUUGGUCUGUUGUGAAGCUUAUAAGUUUCACGAAAGAGUCCAACUUGAUUCAAUAUGUUCCAAUGAACUAGGUGAUCCCAAUGCUGUUGCCACGGUUCCUGGAAGAAUGAAUGUAAAUUAUCUAGACAAUUGGACCAGUGAAGACAAUUUGCAGAUUUUGAAUUUGAUGUUUGAUGUCACUCCUUCAGAUUAUAUCUCAGCAAUUGUUACAGACCAUGGAAUGGUCCCUCCGACAAGUGUGCCCGUAAUUGUACGCGAAUACGGUCGAGAGCACUUGAUUUAGACUCUCAAGUUUUGGCCCGCAAUAAUUCUAAGUUUUCUAUGUGCUUUAAAAUUCUUUUCUGAUUAAAAAAAUCAAUCAUGCUACAUGUACACACAAAAAUCAGCUACCAAAUUAGCUACUCAUAUAAAAUAUAUGCUAGAUAAUAAAUACAUAUUGAAAAUGAUUUAAACAAUAUGUAUAUUUAUGUACAAACACAAUGACUGAUUUGGUGGUUGAUUUUUAGUGUGCAUAACUGCAUAUAAUAUUUUUGUAAUACAAUUUAUAUCAUGUAAUCUUUUCAUCUUCCAAAGAUCAAGGAGAUCUGCGUAUUCUUUCAAUAGUUACACAUUCUUUUUAACAUACUUUUAGGUCAACUGAAAUUUGUUACCCUUAAAUUGUA